GAGUGUCCGAAUGCUGCCGCAGUGCCGCCCGCCCCGUCCCGGCUCGGAUCUGGUCUCCCCCUCCUCCGGCGGCCGCACCUGCUCCAGCCAUGAUGAGUUUCAGCGGCGCGGACGCGCUGCUGGGCGCCCCGUUCGCUUCGCUGCACGGAGGUGGCAGCCUGCACUACCCGCUGGCCCGCAAGGGCGGAGCGCGCUCGGCAGCAGGCUCGUCGAGCGGCUUCCACUCGUGGGCACGGACGUCCGUGAGCUCCGUGUCUGCCUCGCCGAGCCGCUUCCGCGGCGCAAUAGUCGCUUCGAGCACCGACUCGCUAGACACGCUGAGCAACGGACCGGAGGGCUGCGUGGUGGCGGCAGUGGCGGCGCGCAGCGAGAAGGAGCAGUUGCAGGUGCUGAAUGACCGCUUCGCCGGCUACAUCGACAAGGUGCGACAGCUCGAGGCGCACAACCGCAACUUGGAGGGCGAGGCUGCGGCGCUGAGGCAGCAGCAGGCGGGCCGCGCCGCCAUGGGCGAGCUGUACGAGCGCGAGGUACAGGAAAUGCGCGGCGUCGUGCUGCGCCUGGGGGCGGCGCGCGGCCAGCUGCGCCUGGAGCAAGAGCACCUGCUGGAAGACAUCGCACACGUGCGCCAGCGCCUGGACGACGAGGCCCGACAGCGCGAGGAGGCUGAGGCGGCGGCGCGCGCACUCGCGCGCUUUGCGCAGGAGGCCGAGGCAGCGCGCGUGGAGCUGCAGAAGAAGGCGCAAGCCCUUCAGGAGGAGUGCGGCUACUUGCGGCGCCUCCACCAGGAGGAGGUGGGCGAGCUGCUCGGCCAGAUCCAGGGCUGCGGCGCCGCGCAGGCGCAGGCACAAGCCGACGCGCGCGACGCUCUCAAAUGCGAUGUGACGUCGGCGCUGCGCGAAAUCCGCGCGCAGCUUGAAGGCCACGCGGUGCAGAGCACGUUGCAAUCCGAGGAGUGGUUCCGAGUGAGGCUGGACCGACUGUCAGAGGCAGCCAAGGUGAACACAGACGCCAUGCGCUCAGCACAGGAGGAGAUAACUGAGUACCGGCGCCAGCUUCAGUCCAGGACCACAGAGCUGGAGGCACUCAAAGGCACCAAGGACUCGUUGGAGAGGCAGCGCUCUGAGCUGGAGGAACGUCAUCAGGCUGACAUUGCAUCCUACCAGGAAGCCAUCCAGCAGCUGGACGCCGAGCUGAGGAACACCAAGUGGGAGAUGGCAGCCCAGCUCCGAGAAUACCAAGACCUGCUCAAUGUCAAGAUGGCUCUGGAUAUUGAAAUUGCCGCUUACAGGAAACUCCUGGAGGGGGAAGAGUGUCGGAUUGGCUUUGGCCCGAGUCCCUUCUCCCUUCCGGAAGGACUCCCCAAAAUCCCUUCCACGUCCACUCACAUAAAGGUCAAAAGCGAAGAAAAGAUCAAGGUGGUAGAAAAGUCAGAGAAGGAAACUGUGAUUGUGGAGGAACAGACAGAGGAGAUCCAAGUGACUGAAGAAGUGACUGAAGAAGAGGAGAAAGAGGCCAAAGAGGAGGAGGAUGAAGAGGAGGAAGGGGGAGAAGAAGAGGAAGUAGAAGAAGGAGAAGAAGCAGCAGAAGAGGCUGCAUCCCCAGAGAAAGAUGUCCCCAAGUCACCAGAGAAGGAAGCAGCCAAGUCCCCAGCCAAGGCCAAGUCCCCUGUGAAAGAAGCAGCAAAAUCGCCAGCUGAGGUGAAGUCCCCUGAGAAGGCCAAGACCCCAGUGGAGGUCAAGUCCCCAGUGGAGGUCAAGUCCCCAGAGAAGGUCAAGUCCCCAGAGAAGGCCAAGUCCCCAGUGGAGGUCAAGUCCCCAGAGAAGGUCAAAUCCCCCGUGGAGGUCAAGUCCCCAGAGAAGGCCAAGUCCCCGGUGAAGGAAGAAGCCAAGUCCCCUGAGAAGGCCAAAACUCCUGAUGUGAAGUCCCCAGAAGCCAAGACCUCAGUGAAGGAGGAAGUAAGAUCCCCUGCAGACAUCAAAUCCCCUGAAAAGGCCAAAAGCCCCAUCAAGGAAGAGGCCAAGUCCCCAGAGAAGAGCAAAUCUCCCGUAAAGGAAGAGGCCAAGGCUCCUGAGAAGGAGGUCUCAAAGAAGGAAGAGGCCAAGUCCCCCAUGAAGGAAGAAGAGAAACCCCAGGAGGUGAAAGUCCAAGAGCCCCCAAAGAAGGUAGAGGAAGAGAAAGCUCCAGCCACACCAAAAACUGAGAAGGACAGCAAGAAAGACGAGGUGCCUAAGAAGGAGGCUCCAAAGCCCGAGGUCCAGGAGAAGAAGGAACCUGCUGUAGAGAAGCCCAAGGAAUCCAAAGUGGAAGCCAAGAAAGAAGAACCUGAAGAUCAGAAAAAAGCAGUGACUCCAGAGAAGGAGGCUCCUGCCAAGGUGAAGGAAGAGGCCAAACCCCCAGAGAAGACAGAGGUGGACAAGAAGGAACCAGAUGAUGCCAAGGCCAAAGAACCCAGCAAAGCAGCAGAGAAGGAGCCGGAAAAGCCAAAGAAGGAAGAGACGCCAGCAGCACCCGAGAAAAAAGAAGCCAAGCAGGAGAAGGCCAUGGAAGCCAAGAAGCCUGAGGAGAAACCCAAACCAGAGGCCCAGGCCAAGGAAGAGCCCAGCAAGGAGGCCCCCACACCUGGCAAAGCCAAGACAGAAAAGGCUGAGAAGUCCUCUAGCACGGACCAGAAAGACAGCAGGCCACCAGAGAAGGCCACAGAAGACAAGGCCGCCAAGGGGGAGAAGUAAGGUAGGAAGAAAGAAACCUCAGAACAGCCAAAGAAACUCAGGAGGGUCUGGGAGCUCAAGGGUCAGCAUCACAAAUUUCCAUUUUUUUUCUCCCUUUCCUUUAUGUAAGAAGAAAACUCUGCUUAGAUGAUGGGGCCCUCCUUCACCAAACAGGAAUUUCUGUUAGCACUGUUAGCAACAGAGGGCCGUCCCACGCCCCAAACCCUCCCCAGGCGAUGGACCAUUAUGUUAUGAUAGCUUAUGUAGCGGAAUGUGAUCUAUGCCGAAUGCCACACGUAAACACUUGACUGUAAAAACUGCCCCCUCCUUUCCAAAUAAGUGCAUUUAUUUCCUGUAUGUGCAACUGACAGACGACCGCAAUAAUGAAUGAGCAGUUAGAAACACAUUAUGCUUGAGAUGUCUUAACCUAUUCCCGAAUGCCUUCUGUUUUCCAAAGGAGUGGUCAGGUCCUUGCCCAGAGCUCUCCAUUCUGGAAGAGCUGGAGUGGGAGGGGCUGGGCAGUGGCCACUGAAUCAUGGCAGGGCGCACUUUUCCACUGGAGUCCACUUUCAAUUGCUUCUGUGCAAUAAAACCAAGUGCUUAUGAAAUGAAAA